UCGUAUUUAUUCGACGGCAGUAACUAAUACUUGUUAUUAGUAGGAGUGUUGUUGGAGGAGAAAAAUCUAUUGCUAUUACAUUGCUACGAUAGUUAAAAUGGAUACAGUGAUUCCGUCAGAUGUUCAAAACAAUGUGGACAGCGUUCCAAAUCCUCAAAGUACCCCAGAUACAACUGAUGGAUCUGAGAAACAGGACAAACGUAUUGAGGAGAAAGUAAUCGUCAAUCAACCCACUCGAUCGAACAAUAGUACAACUAUCAUUAUUAACGACGAUCCUACAGGAGUCUGUUUAAUUUGUUGCUGUUUACCCGAUCAUCAUCAUCAUCAUCAUCAUCACCAUGACAGUACGGAUGGCAGUUGCUGUACUUGUGACGGCGAUGGUGGUUGUUGCUGCUGCGACGGGGACGGUGAUUGCUGUGACUGCGAUUGUGAUUGUGACUGUGGCGACUGCGACUGUGAUUGCGGCGAUUGCGACUGUGAUUGUGGUGACUGUUUUUGUUAAUUUUAUAAGUAAAAAUAUUUUCAGACUUU